UGUGUGGCUGGAACCUCUGGACUAAGGAAGGGCUGGUGACUUUCAAAAGAUGAAGACAAGUAGAAAAUUCUACAGGACUCUGUGACAGCCCAGAGUCACCGCCUCCCGGGAGUUUGUGAGCACUCGGCUGGAACCAGCAGGCUGGUCCACGGGCACAGGUCCUGUUUCCAUAUUUCUGACUGCUGCUGCUUCUCCACCCUGAAUCAACUCAGGCACAGGCUACCGAAGCAAGUGCUAGUGACCCCAUCGUAUCACAGCCCAUGGCCAAUCAGACCAUCAUAGUUCUGACACCAAAUGGCAUCAACUUUCCCAAAACGGAGGAUCCCAAACCCACCAACCAGAGGCAAGACAGCCUAGAGAAACAUCUAAAGGCAGAUGUCAAAAUUCUUGGGACCAUCCAGAUCCUGUGUGGGGUGAUGGUGUUGAGUUUGGGAAUUAUUUUGGUAUCUGUUCCCUCUUCUCCACAAUUUGCCCCGACGCUUUCCGCCCUGUUGAAGGCUGCUUACCCAUUCAUAGGAGCCCUGUGUUUUGUCAUUUCUGGAAUUCUAUCAAUCAUCAUGGAGAAAAAGUCAACUAAGCCUUUGGCUCAGAGCAGCGUGGCUGCGAACAUUCUGGGUUCUCUGUUUGCUCUUAUGGGUUUUAUUCUCCUCUCGGUCAACCUGGCUGCUUUGGAUCCUGCCUUUUGGAAGUGCGAAUUGAACAAAGAGGACAAAGCACCUGCAGGGGAUUACUUUUACCAUUAUAUGCACCCAUAUAUUAAAAAUGAAUGUUUCAUGGCCAAAACUACUCUGGCUGGAACUCUGUCUGUGAUGCUAAUUUGCACGGUGCUGGAGUUCUGCCUGGCUGUGCUCGCUGCUGUGGUUUGGUGGAAAAAGGCUCACUCCAACUUCACUGGGAGUGUGCUUUUCUUGCCUCAGAGUUACAAGAAUAAAUCUGGCGUACCCUUGGCAAAAUCCUUAAAGGCAUCUUCUGACCCUGGAUACGAAGAACUAUUGACUUCUUAGGAGAAAUAUUCAUCAGGAAUUUGGUUUUAUGAUGCUAUAUAAAAACCAACCAAAGAAACUGAACUCAAGAAAGCAAAUUUUGAAUUCUCUGAAAUGUAGGCUUUUAUAUAAUGAACACCGAAAAUAUAUAUCUUUGUUUUCUUGUUA